UAUUUUUAGCAUUCACGUUCCCUAGUACUAAAUAGUACCGUUCACUUUGUUGUUUGUUGAUCUUCUCGACCAUAUACUAGUACUAUUAUACGGAGUACUAUGUAGCGUGAAAGGGGAAGACGACGGAGGAAGAGAAGAAAGGGGUAGGGAGUCUUGGCUUAGCGGGCGCAGAUGCCUGGCCCAGCGGCUAGGUAUGAUGAUCGUACACAAUAGAAUUAUAAUUAACCGUUGAUUUACAGCUGACUCCCACGGAUUAGGUAUAAGCAUUGUGCAUAUAGUAAUUACCAAGACUUGGGGCGUCUGACGACCUUUGAAGAUGUGGAAGUGGCUUGGGGGGGCGGAGGAAUGCCAAGAGAGGAUUGUAAACAAGCCACGUAGAUCUGGGCUGACCAAAGUAAAGACUCGGAGAGGGAGAGGAGAAGGCGGUUGGGCAGAGGUUGCUGUAGGACUUCUGUAUGACGAAGGGUCCGCUGAUUUGUCUGUCUGGUGGUCAGCGGAGUGGCACGGAGUACACCGGGCGGAUAGGAAGAGCUGUAGGGUUGGUAAAAGGAAGCAGAUUGUCUUGGAUGUUUGUUUGGUCUCCGAUUCUAGAUCUUGGUUGGUUAUCGUGAUGCGCGCCUCGGAGGCAAAAGUCCUGUCCAAAUCCACAGUACAACUCCAAGCUCAAGUUUGCUCCUUUUCUCUCACCAUCUCUAACUCAGGUCAAAGAUCAGGUCUCAUCCUCGAUCGCCAAGCCUUGGGAAUGAUAUUAGAGGCAUAUGAUCCACGAUGAUCUACCGCCAACAGAAAUAACUCCGGAGUAGAGCGCGUUCUCGGUAUACAGAGUUCAAGGCACGAGCUCACCUUAGUCGGACUCCGUGGAACUCCGUGCAGGCUUGGAUUGAAGAAUUUGAGAUAACUCUUGGCGCAG